AUGGAAUAUAUCGAUGGACGCACUUUAGAAGACUUUGUGCACAAAUUUGGAGAAAUAGAUUUGCUCAAUGCGGUUAAAUUAACUCAGAAAUUGCUUUUAACUAUUAAAAAAGUUCAUGCUAAAGGUGUUGUACAUCGCGAUAUAAAGCCGAUUAAUCUGCUGGUUAGUUGUGAUGUAAAUGCACCAAUUGAAACAGCUGAAAUUUAUGUUAUUGAUUUUGGAUUAUCAUAUAUCGAAAAUCGUGAAGACGAUGUUGAUUUAACUUCAUUUGAAAAGAAAGAAAAAUACGAACAAACAUGUUUUGGUGCUACCAUAGGUAAUUUUUUUUUCCGUGUUCCACAACUGAAUUCAGCAUCAAUCAAGCAAAUGACAGCAAAAGAAAAGAAUGUUCUAUUAGAUGUUCGUCGUAGUCCAACAAUUGAUGCUUCGAGCAUUUGUGCGAUACUAUUCUGGUUGAUAACUAAUAUUGAACCAGGACCUAAGAUUCGAGACGAGUACAAUUUGGCUCCGCAUCAAAAUCAAAAAGCGGAAAGCCAAAUUAUGAACAAAAUUGAGGAAGCAGCAAACCAAUCAGGUAUCACGAAAAACUUGUUACCAAAAUUAAAAAUGCAAUUGACCAAUUAUCUGAUGUCAACCUUUGAUAAAGGCUUUGAAAAUGCGGAGCAUCAAUGGACGGUUGAUCAGUUAGAAUAUCGUUUAGAAUCAAUUCGUCACCUGCUUCAACCAAAAACGACCUCACUUGAUCAACAAUUGAGUGAUGCUACAAAAAGUUUACUUUCAUUUGAAUCAGUCACCACUGUUCCUAAUCUUUCUCCAAUUGAAUUGAAAUUCCAUAAAAUCUCACUUGCAUAUGAAUCUGCCAAAGCUAAGUUCAUUGCGCAACAUUCCUCAUGUUCAUGGUAUGAUGGACAUUGUUGUUGGUCGGAACAUCAGCAAGAUAUGACUGAGCGGAAAAACCACGAUGUAUUAUCUUAUCAAUAUAAGAAAAAAAAUUGGAUGUUAAUCAUUGUUUGUUCUGUUCAUUUUGAUGAUAAUGGGGACAUAUUCACCUUGGCAGUGGGUAGUGAUUUUAAUGGUAUUUAUGUAGAAUUACCAUUAGGACGACACACUCCUCAAGAACUAAACAAUUUAAAUAUUGAAGUUGAAUUUGAAAGAGAAUUAAUUAAUCUUUUACAAAUUAUAUCUAAACCAAAACAUUGA